AUGAUGUCAUUAUUUGCAUCAGUAUCUCCUGUAAAAAAAUAUGCAAUAGAACAUUCAUUUGUACCCUUAAUUACUUCAUCUGAAUCAUUUAUAGUCACUUAUGAUGAAUAUCCACGACCUUUAAUUCGUUUAUUCAAUAAUAAUUGUAAUCAAAUAAUGUGUCUCUAUGUUCCAUCAUUAUUAGUUGAUAUGUGUUAUUCAUCUGAUUUUGAUUCAUUUAUUUUUCUUACAACAACAUGUCUCUAUAAAUUAAAUCCAUCAAUAGGUAAAAUAGAAUUAAUAAAUGAUUAUAGUUUAUUACAAGAAAAUCGUUCAAUGUCAUCUAUUUGUUCAACAAAUGAUCAACGUUUAUUUAUUUUAUACCGUUUUGGUGAAUAUUUAGAUACAUAUCCAAAAGGAAAACGUAUUUGGAAACGACGACAUUUAUGUGAUUCAGUAUCAGAAGAUAUUGCUUUAAUUCGAUCAUCGAAAGACAAAAAUAAUGAUUCUUAUAUUUUUGGUUUACUUAUUGCUGAAUGGAAUGGUGUAUGGCGUGUGGAUAUAUUUUCAUCAUCAUUACAUAAACUUCAUACAGGUUUUCGUUUCAAUGGAUGGACACGUGAUGUAUGGCUUUCGGAAUGGUCUCCUUAUAAAUCGUGGUUUGUUGGAAGUACAUAUCGAUUAAUGAUUGAUUCAAAAGGACAACCAAUUAAUAUUUCAACAAAUGAAUUUGAUUCUGAUAUAAUUAAUAUGAUUUGGAUGACGAAUAUCAAUGAUAAUAAUAAAAUUAAAAUGAUUGUUACAAAAGGACAAAAACUUCUGACAUUUUUUAAAUAA